UCUCAAGUCUCACGCAUUCACCGUGAGACUCACGCAUUUCAAUAAGUUCACACGCUCACACGCCACACCUUGUAUUUCUCACGCUGAAAAAAUAAGAAAACUUUUCCCACUCUAUACAAUUAAUGAACGAGGCACAGGAGAGAAGUUCUCUGCCGAGUUCAUAUCUGUCGAGCCGCGGACACGGUCACACUAGACAUCCUGAUAUAAUUGUCACCUACCAGCCAAUCAGAAAUCAGAAUUUGUUGUUUCUGGGUAAAUUUCGUGAUCCUGCUGCAAGCACAUUCGUUACUAGGCAACAUAGAUUCUCACGUCACACAGACGAAGUGGCAGUUGGAAGAGAAGAAUCCGAUGAAAGCGGUAGGUAACGCAUUCUUUUUUAUAGCAAUUUGAUUUUACGAUUCUUGGAUGACAUCACAAAAAUGUGAUCAAAGAUAAUAAAAACUGUUGUUGGGAAAUAUAGCCGAGGUAAAUUAUUAUUGAUUAAAAAAAUCGAACUGCUUUGCAAUCAGAAUUAGCUUUAACUUUAGGAAAGUACUAAACACUAGAGGCUACCUGAAACAAUCCCAGGUGAAAAAUAUUAUAGGAAAUACUAUAGUGUUUUUGAACCAUACUAAUAGUAUAGUAAAUUUUAGUAUAUUAUAGUAUUUACAACACUUUGUUAAUGAUUGCUACAGCAUACUCUGUAUUAACUAUAGUAGUGAACUGAUAAACUGUAAUAAAUACUCUAACGUUAGUAUUCUUUAGUUUAUACUACAGUAAUCUGUAGUGUAUAUUCUAGUAUAUUAUACCCUAUAGUUGUAGACAAUGUAGUACAGUAUUGGAUAAAGUAAUACGUUUAUAUUACUAUAGUUGUUAUGUUAUCACAGCAACUAUAGAAUUACCACAACAAAUUAAUUCAAGUACAUUACUAUAGUAUGGGUCAAAAACACUAUAGUAUUUACUAUAAAUUACUAUAGUAUUUUUUUCACCUGGGAAUGGAAAGGACAAGAUAUUUCGUUUUCCUUUAUUUCAUUAUUUUCUAAUUAUACUUUAUUCAUACUCUUUUUAGCUAUUCAGCUAUACUCUGGCUUUUAUUUUAGUAAUGUUUAUAUCCUGCCAAUGUAUACAUUAAUCAUUGCAUUUAUCUGUUUAAAAGAUGUCAGGGAAAAAGCAAAGAAGUAUUUUUUCAUUCUGGGCACCAAAGGGUCAGCCCCCUAUAAAGGUUGCCAGAUCAGAGGAGACAGUGGAAGAUGUGGUGGCAGAGACUACAAGAAAAACAGUAGGGAAGAAAUCAGAAGAGAACAGAGAGAAUAUAGCUGAAGAGGUGGUGGCAGAGACUACAAGAAAAACAGUAGGGAAGAAAUCAGAAGAGAACAGAGAGAAUAUAGCUGAAGAGGUGGUGGCAGAGACUGCAAGGGAAACAGUAGGGAAGAAUGUAGAAGAGACAAGAGAGAACACAAUCGAAGAUAUCAUAGAUGAGACAGUGGAUGAGUCUGUGGACAACACAGGAAAGAAGAAAGCAUUAAGUGGAGCAGCCACCUAUAGGUGUACUUUUAAAAGUGAGUGGUCAGCCAAAUGGCCAUUCAUUACCCAAGGCACCACCAGCUCCUACUACUGGUGCUCUGUUUGCAGACAGGAGAGCUCAUGUGCCCAUCAAGGUGUGACAGAUGUAAACAGGCACAUUAAAAGUAAAGGCCAUAAGGCCAAAGAACAGGCACUUCAGUCAACAAGUGGCAUUGCACAGUUUUAUGCUCCAGCUUCUGUUGGUGGUAUGACAGCACAAGAGGCCAAGACAAGGAGAGCUGAGGUAAAGGUGGCUGUUGCAAUGGUCCAACAUAAUGUGCCAUUUGCAGUAGCAGAUCAUUUCAGCCCGCUGUUGAAGGAGUGCUUUAAAGAUUCCACCACUGCACAGAAUUUCAAGUGUGCGAGCACCAAAGCAACAUGCAUUAUCAAUGAAGCAGUGGUACCGCAUUUUAGAAAUGAGUUGGUGACAAAGAUGAGGGAAAAUCCUUUUACAUUGAUCACAGAUGGGUCAAAUGAUACAGGACAAGAGAAGAUGAACCCACUCACUGUGCGGAUAUAUGAUAGGGACACUAGCAAAGUUGUCCAUAGGUUUUUGGAUAUGUGCACCACCAGUGGCCGUAACUGUGGCACAGCUGAAGUGAUUUAUCAAAAGAUAAAUGAGGCCUUGCAGAAAAAUGUCAUACCAUGGGGAAACUGUGUAAGUCUGUCUAUUGAUAAUGCACCAGUGAAUACAGGAGCAAAAAAUUCUAUUGCAUCAAGAAUUUUGAAUGAAAAUGGAAACAUUUACAUCCAUGGGUGCCCCUGCCACAUAAUUCACAACACGGCCAAACAUGCUGGGCAGAGGUUUUUGGAAGUAUCUGGAUUUGAUCCAGAGGAUCUGUGUGUGGAUGUUGGAUACUGGUUUAGGGGAAGUACCAACCGUAAAGGAUACCUAUCAGAAUUUUGUGACUUCCAUGGGAAUGAAUAUAUGGAAAUGUUACAACAUGUUUCCAUUCGAUGGUUGAGCCUGGAGAGCUGUUUGACUCGAAUUCUGCGGCAGUAUGAGCCACUCAUCAGCUACUUCAAGUCUUUAAAUGAGAAACAACCAAGGUUCCGAAGGCUGAUGGAUGCAUUUUCCAACCCACUAACGGAAGUGUACCUCCUCUUUUAUCAGGCUACAUUGCCAGCCUUCUCCACCUUGAACCUCCUCCUCCAGAGAGAGAGGUCAUCCAUCUUUCUUCUCCAUGAAGAGAUGACAAAAUUUGUUCGCAAGUUGUGCUCAAGGUUUCUAAAGCCAGUAGCACUACAGUGUAGAGAUUUGCAUGACAUCCACUACAAGGACCCAGCAAACCAACUGCCAGGAGAAAAGCUGAAUGUUGGAUUUACAACUAGGGCUACGCUCAACCGGCUCCUUGAUACAGGAGAUGUAACACCUCAACAUGUGCAGAGGUUCCAAAAGGCAGCACUGGCGUUUCUAGUGAGGGCGGUGGAAUAUGCACUAGAAAAACUACCCCUGAGAGAGGCACUACUCAAGCAUGCCAGAUUUGUGGAUGUCCAGCAGAGGACAGAGUGUGGCAUUGAAGAUGCCUUAUACUUUGUUGACAGGUUUGCUGAAUUGCUUCCAUACCAGGGACCCCAAGAGCAUGAUCAACUUAGUGAGGAGUUCCUCGAAUAUCAAUUGAUGGACAUCACUAUGCCCCAAGACCCAUCCACUUUUGACAUUGAGGGUUUUUGGGGAAAUAUGACAUCAGUAAAGAACAGGGUGACUGGAUUAAGCAGAUUUGGAAGGCUGUCCAAGAUUGCCAAACUGGUUUUAGUUCUUCCCCACUCAAAUGCAGAUGCAGAGAGAGUGUUUUCCAUGGUUGGUUUGAACAAAACCAAAACUAGGAAUAGUUUGGCUCUGGAUGGAACACUCUCUUCCAUCAUGAUGGUGAAAAUGGCAAGCAUUGAACCACAGUGCUUUAAGUGGGAGCCGCCUACCUCUGUAAUCAAGGCCUCAAAACAUGCAACAAACACUUACAAUAUAAAACAUUCAUAAACCAAAUGUACUCUCUCACACAUGCUCACACAAACACACCUUGUAUUGUAAGUAUGCUCAGGGCAAGUUCUGCAAUGUUGCUGUUCAGUUGGCUCAUUUGGGGCAAUUUUUUAUAUAUUUGUAUUUUUGAAAUAAAACAAUGUAUUUAAUU